AUGGACGCAUUUCUAGCACGCCUCACGCAGCAGGCGAUGAACUAUGCGAUUCGCUCAGGCAUCGCCAUCACAGCUAGUUACGCAAUCCGCCAAUCGUCGAGAUUACUGCAAAAUGUCGACAAAAGUGUUGAGAGGGAUGAGCUCCUUGCGCUCCAGCAGCGGCUUGAAAGCAAGAUACAGGUUAUUUCGCCAGCAAUUGAUAUGAUUGAAUUAAUCGCUGCACGGGGCAAUACAUCUUUGGAAUCCGCAGUCUCCCUCACCAAGACCCUCCGACUAGAUAUUCAGUCACUCGGUCAGCGACUUGCAGCCGCUGCUCAAUCUGAAGAGCAGGCCCAGAGAGGAGGAAAGACCCCGACCGAUGUCUCCAGAACUAAAGAAUUGGUCAACCUCAUAAUCAAAGACAUCAAGAGACUUUUGAUUCGGAUCGAGGAUGCAGUCCCGCUCAUGAACCUGGCUAUCACGACGUCAGGGGCUAAACUGUCGACCAACCUGCCCGCGACGAUAUCGCCAUCACGGUUGCUGCAGGCAAGUACGUUUCUAACAGCUGGUGACACGCAAUACUCCUUUUCCCCGUCCCAUGCAAUUCAGAUCGGCCCUACAUUCACUCUAUCCAUGUACAUGCUUUUUGCAAGUCAUCUCCGGCCUCAUGACACAGAAGGCAUUCGCGAAACUACUUGGAAAGAGGUCAUGCACAAGGCUCGCUUAAAGCUACGGCGAGUACCGAUGGAUAUGGUGGUUCAUCCUGGAAAUAAGACGCGGCCGCUACAAUUGCCUGCGGAGGGAAGGAUGGACGAGUUUGCCUACCAAAUUUUGGUGGUAGAAGAUUUAGAUGAUGGGAGAGUUCAUGCAUUCGAUGAAAAUGAGUCUCAACCUCAAAGAUAUGAGGAUAUUAAAGAUGCAGGAAUACGCGAUAUCAUACCGAUCCACCAAAUUUCGAAGAUAUUCUACGCAGACACUGGACGAAUUCUUAACAUCAGCACCGAGGGCGAAACAAAUAACCCAGUCCUUCUAUUGAAAAGAGAUACAACCGCCAUUCCACCACGCCGCAUGGUUGAGCGAGACUUGGCACAAUUCGGCGUUGCUAAUGAGUCGGAACCAGAAGACGAGAUAGACGAGAUACAGGCGCAGCUGGACGCCCAGUUAAUCGGGUCCGCCACCAACAACUCAUAUCCUAGCUUCCAUGAAAGCUCUAUUCCCGAAGAAUGGCGGUUGCCCAAGGACCUGGAUCCAGAGUGGAUAGCUUUCGAGGUGUAUAACGAGGACGAAUCAUCAGACACCGAGUCAGACGGAGAAGACACCAAGUCACCCGAUCCCACCGAAAGAAUGGCGCAGCUCUCCAUUAACCCGGACAACAAGGCAUCGCAGACAGCUUCACCACAGCCAGGCAAAUCCCAGUCCCAGCCAGCUACAGUCUCUAACCCUCUCUUCAACAAUAUCCGUACCUCCCUCUCACUUCUCGAGACUCUCCUCCGCCUAAUGUCCCUUCAACAAUUCCAACAACAGUCCCACCUCUCAAUCAGCGACGAGCUCCUCAACUUCUUCUUAGAAGAGUCAUCAACCACAGGCGCCGGGGGCGAUGAACAACACCGCCAGCGACUCCGCGCUGACGCGAGACGAAGGGUAGGCUGGGAUCCAUACGAUGAGAGUCCCGUGAAGCGACGAGGCGAAGACUAUCAGUACAACGGGACACCGGAAGGAAUUUCUAUUGGGUAUAGCAGGGACACAAGUGAAAUACCUUACACCCCAAGCGAGCGGACUAGGGGGUAUCAUCUUCGCUCGAGGGAAAAUACGCCGGAGACACCCUCGCAAGUACGGUCUGUUUCGGGGGCGGCUGACUUGAGGCGUGACAGGGGGGUGCGAGGUUCCUCGGCGCAUACUGAUUGA